AUGUAUUCAGCACUAGAAUCUCUGGCUACUAAUUUUUCAAUGCAAGAUGCUAAUAGUUCAGAAUGUUGCAAAAUUCCCUCUGAUAAUUUGUGUCGUCAAGAAAUUUUUAUUUUAAUUGAUCAUGUACCGUUGUUUUCGAACGAUGAGCAUGAAGUAGAACACCGUUACGAAAGGUUUCGGAAUCUGCUUGACAUGUAUCAGGAAGAGCCGAGUUUGCUUGAUCCUUUUGUAGAAGGCAUGAUAAGCAAGUUGCUAGGAUAUGUUAAGCUGCUCGAAAAAGAAAAAACAAAGUAA